GCUGACAUCUCGGAGACCACGACGACAUCCCUCCUCUGCCACCCUGUCCGCAUACAGUCUCAAUAUCACACACCCACUCACGCACGCACACAAACACCGUCGUCGCCGAACGGAGCAGCGCAGCCUGGUCGACACGGUCGCGAAAAGUGCUUCGGCAGCGCGCACCCAAACAUUCCACCAUUCCAUUCCUUUGAUGCCGUUCCGAUAAGAUAGUAGCUCGCAACGGCGGAGCCCACACUUUGUGCAAUGGAUACCUCGUACUUGUCGCAGCAGGUCACCACUAUCAUUGAGCGUCUGCAUGGCUUCUUCGACGACAUUGGAGUGGCCAGUCAUGAGCGCGACUCCCGCGAAUCAGAGCUCUUCUCCGCCCUCUCGGAAACACUGCACAGCCAGUUGAACCUCGUCGCAAAGGAAAAGCAUGACCUUACCGAAGAGGCACAGCGCCUCAUCAAGACGAUCCGGCAGAUGGAGCGAUCCCUAGACGACACCCGACCCAAGGACGACUACGAGGCGGAGAAUGACGGACUCAAGAUCACAUUUCCACUGCUGAACUGCAUUGAGCGACUCAAGCAGAAGCACCACACCAUGGCGAAGCUGCACCGCGAGCGCUAUGAACAAGUCAAGAAAUUGGUGGACGCCCUCGAGUCGUAUGCUUCACAUCUCGAGCCGUCUUUCGUGAAGAUCAAGCUGCCGCCCACGGCACCCAAAGCCGAGAUACCUCCUUCGUUCGAUCUCUCCCCAACCUACGUGACGAAGCUGGAUAACGAGUUCACUCGUGUCUACGACGAGUACAACAAGCGUGUGGCGCAAGUCGCCCAAUAUGGCGACGACAUCAUCAACCUGUAUUCCGAGCUCGGUGUGCCACAGGCUCAAAUUGACAGCCAAAUCGUGCAGUUUGCUCGUAAUUCACCAGAGCAACUGGGCCUGCACAAGGAAGACUUGCAGCGUCUGGGGAGCAAGCGCGAUAAGCUCAUCAGCGAGAAGCAACAACGUGAAAAGAAGCUGAAAGACUUGCGCGCCGCUGUGGACGGACUGUGGGAGCGUCUGGGGGUGGACGAGAGCGAACGCAAGCAGUUCCUGGCGAGCAACCGCGGAGUAGGCAUUCGACAGAUCAAUGAAUUCGAGGAUGAGCUUGCCAGACUGAACGAGCUCAAACGACAGAACUUGCACAUAUUUGUCGAGGAUGCAAGGUUUAAGCUUCAGGCGCUGUGGGACGGCUUGUACUUCUCCGAGGAGGAGAUGCUGGACUUUGCGCCUGCCUUUUCCGAUGUGUACUCGGAUGCGCUCUUGUCGGCUCACGAACAGGAAAUUGCGCGACUAGAAAAUCUCAAGGAACAGCGUGCGCCCAUUUUGGCCGCAGUAGACAGGCACCGAAGUCUCAUACAGGAUCGCGAAGAUCUGGAGAAGAGUAGUCAGGAUGCAUCUCGACUGAUGUCGAAGGGCGCCAAGGGAGAGAAGCGUGAUCCUGGAAAGUUGUUACGUGAAGAAAAGCAGCGGAAGCGCAUCACGAAAGAGUUGCCCAAAGUGGAAGCAGACCUCCGGAAGACAUUGGAAGACUGGGAAGACGAGUAUGGCCGUCCUUUCUGUGUCCAUGGCCAACGAUACCUGGACGAGCUGGAGGCAACACAGGCGAGAGCUCCCCCGCCACGCAGCAAGACCCCAAAUGCUCUUUCCGGUACCCGAGAUGCGCCCAAGAGCGCUGGACGAGAUAGCAGACCAAAUUUGGCACAGAGUAAAAGUGCAGGUACCCUGCGAGGCGGCAAUCCGACACGAAGCAAGACACCCACUGCUCAUUCCAAUCGCAACCCAUUGGCCGCCUCGACAAUAGGCCACUCCGGUAUCAGUGCUUCAAUGCUUGGCGCAUCUGUAGCAGGCUUUGGAUCUGUCCGUGGAAGUCCAUCAAAGAUCCCUGGGGCUUCUGGCUCACGACUCCCUAUGGGAAUCCUGCCCAAUGGCAGCAACUCGCCCGAACGCCGCGAGAGGAGCAACAUGACAGCGAGUCAUGAGACGGACUUGAAUCGCACAUUGCGUGGCAAUAUGGGUCCUCCCCGUGUACCUCCGCCCAAGAUGAAGGACAUCUUCGUACCGCCCACCCCGACGCCUAUUGGCAGUAACAAGGAGAACGGCCUGGACCUGGAGCGAUCGGGGAGUGUGCUUCGUCAUCUGGAGACAGAGGAUCCCUACGAUGACCGACGAUAUCAGAACAACCAUUACUCCAGCAUGCACUCGUUGUCAUCUCAUGGGUCUCGUGGCCAUGCGCAUAGCCGAUCUGUCGACUCGUUCGCUUCAUCAACGUCUCGACCAAUGAGUAGGCAGGAGUAUCCACUGGCACCGCCUAUUUCUCGUCAAAGCAGUAAUACGUCUUCCAUUAUGAGCGGAUCUCAGGUUAGCGGCAGCGAGAAUUGGGAAACCUAUGACAGUACUUCGGAGAAUGACGAAUCUGAUGCGAAGGAGGCAUACUAUGCCAAAGUCAAGCAUCAGCAAAAUCAGAUGCGGCAAACGAUCAAGAGACCUGGGACAGCUUCUGGUCAGCUGGGCGGCAUCAAGCGCAUACGGGAACAGCCCAUAGCUGAAGAAGGACGGGACGGUAGCGAAGCAGGAUGGACAGAUGAUGGCAGUGUCGGUGAGACUUAUUGAUCUCGUGUGUCCCGGUAGUAGGCUGGCUGUUUUGAACACGAAUCGCGAGAUUCACAGGAUUGCAUGGCGUUGGCAGGCGCAAAUUUUGGAAGACAACGGUACCAAGAUGGGGGGCAAGGCGUGACGGUCUUCUGCUUCUUCUUUGGCUUGUUGCGACUAUGGAGUAAUAGGAGGAGCCUUGACGCGAACCAUGAGCCCCUUCCCCUCCUUCCAAACGAUAGCUGUGCGGGCUGACCCUUUUCUUUUCCUUUUAUGAGACAACGUGUCCUUGACGGCUGGGACGGACUCUGUACACCUAUUUUCUGGAGACAACGAGGGUAUGAAUUAUAGUAGAUAUCUUUACAAAUGUGCACUUUUCGAUUCUCC